GAUGUUACAGAGGCAACAUCUGAAGAUGUCCAACCUUCUGAAAUUACUGUACAGUUUGAGAAGCCCUCUGAAGAACAACCAGACACUUACAAAACUGAAUUUAUUGAAGAAACAAUUUCUCAGCCUGAAGUUACUGAUGUUACAGAGGCAACAUCUGAAGAUGUCCAACCUUCUGAAAUUACUGUACAGUUUGAGAAACCUUUUGAAGAACAACCAGACACAUACAACACUGAAUUUGUUCAGGAAAUAAUUUCUCAAUCUGAGGUUACUGAUGUUACUGAGGAAACAUCUGAAGAUGUCCAACCUUCUGAAAUAACUGUACAGUUUGAGAAACCCUCUGAAGAACAACCAGACACAUACAAAACUGAAUUUGUUCAGGAAAUCAUUUCUCAAUCUGAGGUUACUGAUGUUACAGAGGAAACAUCUGAAGAUGUCCAACCUUCUGAAAUUACUGUACAAUUUGAGAAACCCUCUGAAGAACAACCAGACACAUACAAAACUGAAUUUGUUCAGGAAAUCAUUUCUCAAUCUGAGGUUACUGAUGUUACAGAGGAAACAUCUGAAGAUGUCCAACCUUCUGAAAUUACUGUACAAUUUGAGAAGCCCUCUGAAGAACAACCAGACACUUACAAAACUGAAUUUAUUGAAGAAAUAAUUACUCAGCCUGAAGUUACUGAUGUUACAGAGGCAACAUCUGAAGAUGUCCAACCUUCCGAAAUUACUGUACAUUUUGAGAAACCCUCUGAAGAGCAUCCAGACACAUACAAAACUGAAUUUGUUCAGGAAAUCAUUUCUCAAUCUGAAGUUACUGAUGUAUCCAUUGAAAUUUUACAGGAUACAAAAGAAAGAGAGGUGUCUUUGGAAUUUAAGACCACAGUUGUUUCAAAACCUGUGGAAACAAUUAGUGAUGUUUCUUUUGAGAUUUCUCAAGAGCCUCUAGUUCAAGACAUUGACCAGCUUGAUAGUACUGAGGCCAAAGUGGUUUUAGAAGAAUUUGCAGAAGAGUUAGCAAAGAAAGUAAUAGCUGAUUUGCAAGAAAUUGAGCCCAAAGAGGUGGAUAUUUUCCCAGAGGAAGUUCCAAAAGUAGAAGAGGAACAACCAGAAGUUCCUGAAGAGGUUAGUGUUUAAAAAUAUAAAGUAUCUAAAGCACCGUUUUUUAUUUGACCAGGCCUUAAAAAAGUUUUUUUUGUAAAAUCUCUUUAACCGAAAUUAUUUAAUUGUUAUGAACAAAUUGAAAUAGCCGGUGAAAAGUAAAAUUAUAAAAUUAUAACUUUCUGAGAAAUACAUUGACAUACUUUACUGCAAUUAUUAAUACCUACUGGUAAGUCAAUUUCAUGGAGUAAUGCCGCUUGUUUUGUGUCUCCUUAUUGAUCAAAUUCUCACACUUUGAUUAGGCAUUUUUCUUUUGAUUAAUAAUUACAUGAAAAUUUUGAAGAUAGAAACAAUAUUGCAACAUUGAGGUUUUUGGAACAGGUGGAGCAUCCAGAAGCCCCAAGAUUCAUUACAACACUGUCAGACAUUACCAUCAUGGAAAACACACCCAUGGUCCUGGAGGUCAACUACACAGGCUUCCCCAUGCCUAAAGUGACCUGGUUUGUGGAUGAUGAGGAAAUUAUUCCUGCUGAUGACCUUGACAUUGUGACUGAGACUAACAGGACUGUCUUGACAAUAUCUGAAGUGUACUCUGAUGACGAGGGCGAAUACAAGGUGGAGCUCACCAAUGAUGUCGGCCGAUGUACUAGCACCGCCUACAUCACAGUUAUAUGUAAGUACACCAACAAUUUCUUUUUUAUUUCCCCACUCAGUGUUGUCACAGCUUGGUUUAUAGACAUAUAGAACUAUGCUGCGCUAACAAAUUAAAUGAGGCAACACAAAGUUUAUAGUUAAAAAUAAUAUCAAACUUAUUUUCAGUUAUAACAUACUUGUCAAUAUCCACAAAAAAAAUUGAUUUCCAUGGCAGUGAAUGCUCUAGAACAGUGGUUCCCAAUCUUUUUGAAUCGUUGGGCCCUUUUUAGAGUUAAUUUUUAUGGGGGAGCCCCUUAGCCUUGUCUAUAUCUUAUAUUGAAUUAAGAAUUUACUGGAGCCCUCAGACUUGCACUGUUAUAGAAUGUGCCAAUGAAUGUGUUUAUUUUUCCCUGUUCUGCUUAAACUAAAGCAAUGUAGAUUUCAUGAAUGCCAGAGUGAAAGAAGUAUUCUUCUAAGGUGUUGAUUUGGAAUUUUUUGCAAAGCUUCAAGCUGGUUUUAUUUGAAUCACUUUUUCACUUUCAAAUCUUGAAAUGCACUUGGGCUGAACACUUCAGUGCUUAUGUACAACUUUUUUUUCCCCUCAUCUCAAGCACCAUCAGUUUUUCCACACAUAAGGAUUGCUGAGCUGUUCACACAACUAUAAUGAAUUCUUGUUUGAUUUUGCUUUUGCACAUAUUUUCUUUACACAUGGAGAUACCUGUUCAAUUAUUAUUAUUUUUAUUAUUUUUAAAUAAUCCAUGAAAAUUUCAUCAAACUAUCACCAUUUCACUUGGCAGCUUUGUUUCAUGAAAUGCUGCAAAUUUUUAGAUGUGCUUUCCCAUCGCGAAUGUUGGUGUUGUAUGCUUCGAUCAGCUGCGGUAUGUUAUCUCCGUUCCGGCGCCAUUUCGUUUCUCGCCUUUAAAAAUAAAAUGACAAGACACUCGCAAAAAAAAGAAAGGUGAAUUAUUAUUAUUUUUUUUUUUUUGCUUUCAAAUUCCUGUCCCUGUCUUGUCAACUUUUUGACAUUAUAAUUGCUUAUGGUGCCUAGUGUAAUCCUUGUUCCUAGACCUGACCUUAAAGAGGUAAUACUUGCUUUUGCCAUUAAUUUUAUUCUAAUCAAGUUAUAAUCAAUUAACAUUUAGUCCUCCCAAAGACAAUGUGUAUGCUCAUCCUUUGACCACAACAUCAAAGCAAAAUUCUGCAAGGCCUUAUAUCAUAAUACACCCUUUGACCUAAGCCAAAAGCUCAACUUUUGCCAGAAGGGUAUAGCAUUCUAUAUAUUAAGAGAAAAACCUCUUGAACAUCUCUUGAUAUAAAGAAUGUAGGUAAAAAUCACUUGCAUAAAGAAAUUGACUGUGGUCUAUGUAAUUAAUAGUUGUAUCCAUUAUCUACUUACCCUUUUUACCUCCUCCUUGCUAGUGCCUCUUAAUUAAAAGUAAAUGGCAAGUAUAGACAAAUUUAUGAAGUUUUCAAAAUGUAAAUGUAUUCAUUAAUUUGUUUUAAAAGUUGAUUCAAUCAGGCUAACAAAUGAGACCAAAGUUUCAAAAAAUGAAUGUUUAAAAUUAUUCAUCUUGCAUGUAAAAUAUUACUUGCUGGUAAGGAGUUGCAUAAAUAAUAUUAUAUUAAUUUAUUACUUUAGAGCUAAAAUGCAACAAUGUAUAACACAUAUAUUCAUUUACCAAUAGAAAGCAGUUACAUGGUCAUUAAUGUUAAAUGUGAACUUCAUUUAUCAAUUAUUAUGAACAUGUUGAAAGAAUAGAACAAUAAACUUUUAAUAUGGAGUGCAUUCUUUUUGCAGUCAGAUUAAUAUGAUUUUAAAACUAAUUUUUAGGCCUAUAUUAAAGGCCAAACAAUCUUUUUAAAUAAUUAAAAGAUCAAAGUUAUUAUUGAGUGUCUCAUCUGUAAACUUUCAAAGUUAUUUUGAUUUUUAGUGAAUUUUAAAAAAAACUGACUUGUUAUAAAAAAAAUAUUUAAAUUUAGAGGCUACAAAUCAAUUUCAUUUAAUUAAAUAAGGUAUUAAAAGAAUAUGUUGACCAUGUAAUUGAUGUUCUCCUGUGCCAGGGUUGUUUUCAUUGUAAGAUUCAGGCAGAUUCAGAUUCUAUUGAUCUGUCAGAGAAGUUUUCUUAUUUUUAUGAAAAUUGUAUCACCAGUUGUCCUUCUUAACUGUGUCUUCUUAGCCCAUUGGAUAAGGCAACCCUGGCAAGCAUGAAAAUAUAUUCCAAGUUAACAAUUACUCAGUAAUGACAUACCAUUUAUUAAUGAGUCUCUUUUUAUUUUUUAAUUGUCCAAGUCGGGGAAAUGAAUGUUCUUGUAAUAUUUCACACAAGAUUUCUUGUUUUAGAUCAUGCUAGAUUCCUAGUAUUGCAGUAUGCGCCAAAAGUAGCAGUACUGAAACUGCAUGCAUGCUUGCAUUUGUCAACUGUGCAUAGCUUCAGCCGCCUUGUGUUCCCUGAGGUGUCAAGAAAGUUGGAAAUGUGUGUCUCUAUGGAGGAAAACAAUGUCAAAUUUGACCAUCAUUUUCACUCAUACAUUAGCGAUUAAAUAAUUAUGAAAGGGGAUCAUGUUUGGAAAAAGGGGGAAGAACAAUUCCAAGAAAGAUUUAAUAAAUAAAUAAAUAAAUAAAUUUAAUAAAUUAAAAAGUAACAGUUAUGCUUUCCAUUGUUAGGAACUUUGUUAAGGAAGUGUAUUGUGUCCAUUAUGGAAGGGGAAGUCCGAGAGACCUUUAAUUUUUUUAGAUAAUGAUAAUCAUGAUUGUGUUUGUCCCUAUGAAAUCUAUGAGGAACAUUCUUCAAACUGAACAUCAGCCAUAUGUUAGUUUGUCACUUGUUUAUACAUAGGUGUAUUUUUGAACCUGAUAUAGGUUGCAAAUGCUUGGCGGAGCCAGUUAUGUGAGCCAGGAUGAUGCGUUGGGGAAAUUUCUGGCUAUGGUGUUCGAGGUUCAAGAUUAUUUUAGGAAUGAGUGAUUUUCUGUUAUCACAUUCAUUAACAUGUCGAUCAGACUGUCCCUUCUGUUUAUAGAGUACCUUUCCAGAAUAUAAUUGCUUGGGGCCUUUAAAAAAAAAAUCUUUCUCCUAAUUGCUGUUCACAUUUUUAUAAAACUUGGUCACACUUUAAUUUAACUAAAGUAUGAGCAAAAAUAUUACUCAACUAUGAAAAUUUUAUCUUUUGGGGAGAGAUCCAUUAUGAACUUAAAAUACCAAACAUAUAACCCUUUUCACAUCUAUGGACACGUGGUAGCUGGACCUAUGCACCAUUGACAAACGCAAGUACGCAUUCAAGAUGCAAUGAUUUCAGUACCUCUAGUUUUGUUGCAUGCUGUACAUCUCAUAAGAUAUACAUCAGAGUUAUACAUUUAUAUAAAUAUGUUGAUUUUUCUCCCCAUAUUACUUAUUUAUGUCCUUUUUAACAAAAAUGUCACUUCCAUUUUUCCUUGCCUGAUUCCAGUUUAAAUAGAAUUAGCAAAGAGGGUUGCUCACAAGAUUUAAAAUUAGAUCCUUAUAUUUGUAUAUUAGAUUUAUCUUUAGAUUACACCACAGUCUGCUUUAAUAGUGUGCCACUUUUCAUUGAGGAUUUGGAAAAUUGCAUUGACACAUUGUAAAGUUGCGUUGAGAUUUAUUAUGACUAUUUCCUCCAUUUUAAUCUUGGAUACUCAUUUCAAUCUCCAGGCAAACAGUUUAUGUAGACAUGCGCUGUACAAAACUCUCAAAUAACAAUCUGAAAAGAAAAUAUUUGAUGUUGUGUUAACUUUUUUCUAAUUUUAAAAUGAAUAAUAUUAAGUGUGUACAUAUUAAUGAAUUGAAAUAUUCUUUAAUAAUACAAGCCAAGUACACAAUCCAUCAAUGCAGCAUUGAAACAUGUUUAAUCUUUUGCAGUCUCAGUAAAUAAUAAUAAUAAUAAUAAAGUUGAUUUCAAAAAUGCACCCCCCCCCCAUUGACACCCCUGUUUGUAUUUCCCAAUUCUUCUUUCCUUAAAGAUAUCUCCAAAUUUCAUACAAAUGUUUUUUUUUCCAUAGCCCAACCUUAUUUCAAAUAUAAGACUUGUGUUAAUGAAAUCAAUCCUUAUAUCCUGUCACCACCUCCUGUAAUCCAUUCAAUGAUGGAGUGCUGAUCUUGUUUACCCUGGUGUUGCCAUACUUAAGAACAAAAAUAUUAAUUACUAAUGUUCUAUAGUCAAUUUUGUCAGUUGCAGUUUCUUUACAAUAAAAUAUUUUUAAUAACUUUACAUCUUGUUACUACUUAUUAAAUUAUGCUUCUCCACUUCUUAUGAUUAAAUAUCAUUUAAGUAAAUGAUAAUUUAAAGAAAAAGAGUAUUUCAAUAAUUGCACAAACAGGCUCAUCAUUUUUAUAUUAAAGUUAAAUAUGUCACUAACUGAUCACAUAAGCAGUUAAAAAAAAAAUAAUUACUAAAUUUAAUUAUUUAAUUUUAAAAUUUAAAAAAAAAAUGUUUAAGUUUGUUUUUCUUAUAAUCGUGAAUUUCAUGUAAGCCAUUAAUGAAAUGCAUUAAAAGGCAGCUGCACUUUUUUUUCUCCCACUUCUGCUUUGCUGCUCAUUAGAUCCCAUUUAAUAAAACAUCUGAAAAUUGUAAUAAUUUAAAUGUUAACACCAAAAAAAAAAAAAAAAGUAAGUUUUAAUGAAGUUUUAUGCAUAUAUAUAUUUCUUCCACUUUAAAAAGGUUUUGUUUAUCAUUAAUGAAAUUCAUUAAAAGGCAGCUGCAUUUUUUUUUUCCCCCCUUCUGCUUUGCUGCUCAUUAGAUCCCAUUUAAAAAAAAAUCUGAAAAUUGUAAAAAUUUAAAUUUUAACACCAAAAAAAAAAAAAAAAGUAAGUUUUAAUGAAGUUUUAUGCAUAUAUAUAUUUCUUCCACUUUAAAAAGGUUUUGUUUAAGUUUAUGCUUAAUUUUUUUUCUUUAGACAAUACUAUACAAGCAUCAAUAUAAUCAUUUUAUUACCUUGAUAAAUUAGAUUAUUUUAAGGUCACAUUAACGAUUCAUUUAUUUUUUUUCUUUGUUGCCUUUAAAACAGCCAGCUCAACUACUACAGAAGAACAGACAAUCUUCAGGGAGGAAAUCACCCUUGCACCUCAAGGACCAACUAUAGAAUGCGAGCUACCUGCUCCUCAGGAUAUUUUAGAAACUGAAAUAACUGAAACAUUCCAGGUAACACGUAAACAGGUUAUCAGUGAACUUGAAGUACCCACAGUUGAGUCAGAGGUUCCUGCGCCAAAGGAAGUGACAGAGGUUGAGAUAAAACCAAUUUUGAAGCUUCAGAAAUUUCCAGAGGAAAGUUUCACAGAGGAGUUGGUGAUAGGACCGAAGCCUCAGAAAUCUGAGGUCACAUUUGACAUCAAGAGGGAGAAGAUCUUCCAAGAAACACUGGAGAUUAAUCAGCAGCUGGACACAUCGGUUGAAGGGACAGAUAGAUUUACUCAAGAAAUUAGUUUCAACAUUGGUAAGAAACAGCCUGAAUAUAAUGAGAUUCAGUUUCAGAUUGAAACCAAACAGCAAGCAACAACUCUUCAGGAGAUCUCAUUUGAUGUGACACAAGAGGACAGGUUGAAGGAAACUCUUCAUAUUGAUGAGGAGUUUAUCUCAGAAGUAUCACAGGUACAACAGUUCAAGGAAGAAAUUUCACUUGACAUUUCUAAACAGCAGAGAAAGGUAACUGAAAUUCAGCUGGAUUUUGGAGUAUGGAGGCCAACGGAAUUCAAGGAAGAAAUCACAGUGCACUCUGAAACAGUUCAGCAGGAGGAAAUAACUGAAGUUGAGCAGGAAAUGGUUACAGAAAAGCCAACAGAGGAGAAAAUCAUAGAAGAAAAAGAUGUGAUUGUGGUUGAAUUGGGCAAAGCAAUAGACAUAGAAAGGGUUGAAGAGUCUGUUGAAGAAACCCAGGAAUUUGCAAUAGACCAGCCUCAAGAGGAAAUUAUUGAAGUCUCAAAAGAAACAAUUCAUGUGGAGAGAGAGAGGCCUAAGAAAAAAGAUGAAAUAGUUGAAGAAGCUGAUGACGCAUUGUAUAGAGAAACAGUUGAGAUUGACAUUGGGACUACCAAGGUUGAAGAAAUUGAAACACACAAGGAAACUAUCUUAGUGGAAUUUCAAAAACCUCAGGAAGUGGAACAGUCAAGUGAGCUCUCUGAAAUCUCUACUACUAUUGAUAGCCCUCAAGGGAUUCAACUUGAGAGGCCCAAAAUUGAAAUUAUAGAGGAAGAAAGAGGAAUUAUUGUUGUUGACUUCAAAAAGCCCCAGGAAGUUACAGAGUUGACUGAACAAAUAGAAGUUCCAGUGGAUGAAGAAAAAGAUGUUGAAAUUGAUCAGCCCACAGAGGAAACACUUGAAGUUAUCAAAGAGACCAUUACUGUUGAAAAGGAGAAACCUCAAGAAGUGGAAGAAGUUGUUGAAGAAGUAGAAACAACUACUUAUGAAGAAACUAUUGAAUUUGAUAUCAAACAGACCAAAGAAGAAGAUAUAGUUUUUGAAAAGGAGAGCAUCACUCUUGAAUUUGAGAAGCCUCAAGAAGUAGAGGAAGUUGUUGAAGAAGUAGAUACAACUACCUACCAAGAAACUAUUGAAUUUGAUAUCAAACAGACCAGAGAAGAAGAAGAAAUUGAAGUUCAGAAAGAAACCAUUACAGUGGAAUUUGAGAAACCACAAGAGGUUGAAACAGUAUCUGAAACCACUAGUGUUUUGACAACUGAAGAAACUCAGGAAGUUGAAAUUGACCAACCCAAAGAGGAAAUAAUUGAGGAAGAGAGAAGUACCAUUGUCAUUGACUUUGAGAAACCACAAGAGGUUGAGGAAGUUGAAGAAGAAAUUGAAGCACCAAUUAUUGAAGAAAGCAAAGAUGUUGAAGUUGAUCAACCAACUGAAGAUACAAUUGAAGUUGUCAAAGAGACCAUUACUGUUGAAAAGGAGAAACCUCAAGAAGUGGAAGAAGUUGUUGAAGAA